GCGCGAUGGCAUGCAUAUAUACAUGCUCACUAGGUUUUAAGUCAUUUCUCUAGUUUGCUUGGGUGGUGCAUAUAUUGGCAUAAACAUGGAUACGUCGGAUAGCAAUCCUGCGGUCGGAUUCAAGUUGAAGAAACUGAGUUCAAAGAUUCCCCAAGUCAUUGACUUGAAUUUCUACAAUUACACCUGUACAUUUCAGAGGCGUACAGCAGUGUGUAUCGUGUGCGACAAAGGGGUUUCGGAUGACCCGCACUGUACAUCAAAUUAUAUCAGGCACUUGAAGUGCCACCACAAAGAACGCUAUGAGGAAUACCUCGCGAGCAAGGUUCAAAGGAGACCGAGAAGACGAUCGCGACGACCUCCCCCACCACCAGAUCGAUCACCAUCUCCACCACAAGGUCGUCAACCAUCUCCACAACCACGCCGACAGCCGUCUCCACCAACUUUUAACCAGCCAUCUCCUCCACAGCAGCGUUUACCUUCUCGACCGCCACAACGCAGACCAUCUCCGCCGCAACAGCGUCGUCGACCUCAACCACGUCAGCGAUACUCGCCGCCAAUUCACCAACCAUCUCAAGCUCGCCGGCGACCAUCCCCACGACAGCUCCCGCCCUCUCAAGUUUACGCCACGAUUUUCGGGGACGAACUCCCGAUGCAAUCGGGACUGUCGGCGACCGUGGACCAACCGUCGACGUCGAUGGCGAUGGAGGAAUCGAGGGACGUAACCGCCGAAAGCAUCGCCUUAUCGGGGGCCAUAGGACAAUCCUCGACUAUGAUGAACAUUGAGAGACCGAGAGUUGUAACCGCCCAAAGCAUAGCGUACGCCUUCCCAGCGGUUGAUGAGGUUGAUGAUGACGACUUCACUUUCCCAUCUACCGAGUCAGAAACUUGCAUUAUUCAGUACAUGAGCGGUUUCGGUAACGAGUUUGCGACGGAAGAUCCCCGUUGUCCUGGAGCCUUACCGGAAGGUCAGAACAACCCUCAGAAAUGCCCUUAUAACUUGUACGCUGAGCAGCUGAGUGGGACGGCAUUUACGGCUCCGCGGGUCCACAACAAGAGAUCCUGGCUCUACCGACUCCGCCCGUCUGUCGUCCACACCCCCUUCAAGCCCAUCAGCAAUGGGAACAUGACAAACAAUUGGGACAGCUGGCCACCAAAUCCUAACCAGCUGCGUUGGCGUCCAUUCGAUAUGCCCCAUGAAGGCUCCGGACCAGUUGACUUUGUUCAGGGUCUGAGUACGGUUUGCGGAGCAGGGGAUCCAAGGACCCGACACGGCACUGCCAUUCAUAUCUAUACCUGCAAUGCGUCCAUGUCAGAUAAGAGUUUUUACAAUUCUGAUGGAGACUUUCUCAUAGUUCCACAGGAAGGGGAGCUCCUCAUCUACACCGAGUUUGGGAAGUUGAUGGUGAAUCCUAACGAGAUCUGUGUUAUCCAGCAAGGAAUGAGGUUCAGUGUGUAUGUGAAUGGACCUUCAAGAGGCUAUAUUCUAGAAGUUUUUGAUGGCCACUUCACCCUUCCUGACCUUGGUCCCAUAGGGGCCAACGGACUUGCCAACCCCCGUGAUUUCCUGACCCCGACAGCCUGGUUUGAGGACCGUCCAAGCGAUUACACCAUGAUCAGCAAGUUCCAGGGCAAGCUCUUCUCGGCGAGUCAGAAGCAUUCUCCGUACGACGUCGCAGCGUGGCACGGUAACUACCAUCCUUACAAGUACGACUUGGACAAGUUUAUGGUGAUCAAUGCCGUUGCUUUCGAUCAUGCAGAUCCGUCAAUCUUCACAGUCCUAACCUGCCAAUCCAACAGACCCGGUACUGCCAUUGCUGACUUUGUCAUCUUCCCACCUCGUUGGUCUGUUCAAGAGCAUACCUUCAGACCACCAUACUACCACAGAAACUGCAUGAGUGAAUUCAUGGGUCUUAUCAAAGGAAAAUAUGAAGCAAAGGAGGAAGGAUUUCAACCCGGCGGUGCUUCCCUUCAUAGUAUGAUGACACCCCACGGUCCAGAUGCUACGUGCUUUGAAAACGCUUCCAACGCACCUCUCAAAGCUGAACGAAUUGCCGACGGGACGAUGGCAUUCAUGUUUGAGACGAGUCUAAGUUUAGCCCUGACUGAAUGGGGAGACAAAACUUGUCAGAAGGUAGAUCCAAGCUACUACGAAUGCUGGCAACCACUUCAGAAACGUUUCAAAUCGGAAGACGGCCAAGCGAUGGCGUGAAACCGCUCAAAGUGGAAGAUUCGUCAGCAAUAUCGAUUCUGUUUCUCCAUUCUUGCAGUCACAUGGCAGCUUCGAGAUCAUUAUUUUUUUAAAGGGAAAAACUUGUG